AGAAGGAAGAAGAGAAACUGGGCAGGUUUUUCCUGUUUAUAUCACAAAAUGUGAAAGUGAAGUUGUGUUUGCUGGAGGAGGAGACAAGCUGGAAAGGUUGCAGGAAUGUAAGCCACGGGUCCGGCCGUUUUGUCAGCUGGGAAAUGGACGAGAUAAGUCCUUUGUUGGGCAGCCAGCCACAGCAGGGCCCAGACCUUCUGUCUCCAAACCUUAGGCCAAGACACCAGGAACUGAUCCCAACACCAUGUGGACCGAUCAAGCCCUGGUCAGAGCUGUCGGGGCUUUUGAGGCUCUAUUUCUGCUUCACCAUAACGUCUCUACUGGUGCUGCUUGGCCUCACAUUGUCCAGCAUCUAUAAGCAGCACAUGGACACAGACGUGUCUGAUGAGGACAACUUUACUGUAUCUCUCAUCCAACUGAUUGGAAUAUUGUUCUGCAUCUACUACAUCAGCCGUGGCGUGCUGCAGGAGAACAGGCUGGAGCUGGUGGCAUUUGUGUUCACCAUCUUGGUGGUCAUGAUUCGAUCGGUGGUGAACUUCUCCGUGCUGGGGUCGAAGGGAAAGCAGGAGCUGCUGGUUCGCUUUGUGUGCAUCAUGAGUUUGGGCGUAGUGCACGUCUUUUGCACUCUUCUGCUCAUCCAGAGGCCCAACAUGAUGGCGUUCCGUGUGGGUGGGGCCUUGGAGAGCCUGCAGGAGCAGUAUUUCCUGCUCAACCUCUGUUUCUCCAUGGUGACCUUUGACCUCCAGGCUCAGCUGUGUCUGUGUAUCCUGAUCACAACGACAGACUCAGCCAUGUCCACCACCAACACCAUCAUCCUGGCUGUGGGAGUGGUCUGGGCCUGCCUGACUGCUGCUGUAGGCGCUGUUGCAGUGUUAAAGGAAGCCAAAGUGUUGGUUGGAGUCUUCAUGAUGCAGAACCUUCCUCAAGUAGCCUUCUUUGUGUAUCUGAUGUACACGGUUAUAGAGAAGUGGUUCCAUGACAACAUCUACACUCUGGAGGCAGCUGCUGUCACUGGAGCUGCCAUUUCACUGAUGAUCAAAGUGGCUUUAUUUUGGGGCCUUAUCAGACUGGUUCACAGCUUUGGACAAGGCCUGAGAGAGAGAAUGUUUGCAUCCAGCUAGUCUUAAACCAGGUCACGGCUGCAUGCUGAGUGCCUAAUAAGAGCAUUAAGAAACUUUAGCACUGUAGUGCUAACCACAGAACUCCAAUUUCUUUUCAGCAUUAACGCCACCAAAUCGAUCACUCUACAUUUUUUUUAACGUCUUUUUUUUUUAUCCAAAUGUGUUGUUUACUGUAUUGAUUUUUUUUAGACUUUGGCCUUUUUAUAGAAUUUUCUGUAAAUCAACUCCUCAUUUCCACCUGGUAUUAGCACUGAUCUGUACCUGAAUACAUAGUCUGGAUAAUGAUAUCUAAUCCACGAGUCUUUGUGUUUACACCUGCUAAUAAAAUGCAUCAUCUUGAUUGUAUACAGUUUGUUGCCAGUGCAAUAUGAAUGAUAGUAGCUGUCGGUUUGUCAACAAACUUGGCUCAUACCAGGUAGCUGUGCUGCUGUUUGCACUAUAUUUCUUUUCUGUUGCCAAGCAGACAUGACUUUUGCUACCUGUAGCUUUUCUCAGACUUUUUUUGAAUAAAUUAUUUUCUUCAGAGUGUGGUCAAACUGCAUAGAUUUACCCCUGGCUGAGAUCUUAUCACAGUGGGAACCUGACCAACCCCAAAUGUGGUCUGACCAAUCUGAUCACAUUCCAGUCUCAAUGUGCAUUUACAUCUUAUCCUCUUACCCUCAUUUAUACAGAUACAGAUCACACUUAACACCCAUCCACUCACCCAUCAUCCAUACAUGCUUAAUUCUCAUUAGGGUCAUGGGGCAACUGGAGUCUAUCCCAGCUGACUUAGGGGGAAGGCAGGGGACACCCUGGACAGGUCACCAGUGUAUCACAGGGCUAUACAUAGAGACAAACAAUCACACAUCUACAGACAAUUUAGAAUCACCAAUCAAUGCAGAUAGAUCCCAGGACGUGAACCAGGGAUCUUCUAGCUGCAAGGCGACGGUGCUAACCACUGAGCCUCUGUGUAGCCCCACUUAAAGACCAGGUAUAAGAAAUAUUAUUUUUAUAGAUUUCCAUCUAAAACUACAUAAUAUGCUUAUCAUCUUAGACUGGGUUAAUAUGAAUUUUUAAUUUGUACUUUUACUCUAGUAUAUAUGGUGUCCCUAAAGUCUGGACUGAUGGGAAAUCUCUAACUAUAUUUUUUGCCUCCACAGAUAAAUUAUAGCUUUGUCAAAAGAAGCAGCAACUGAACUGGUACUUGUCACUUUUCCUGUGUCCAGACUUUAGGAACAACCUGUACAUUGUAAUACCUAACUCCAGCAGAAAUCCAUUCAUAAUGUAACUUUUUCAUCUCAAAAGGUAAUUUUUGUUUGUUUCAUGGAAAUAAUAUUCAGAGUUUACUGAGUUAAGUGUUCUUUUUAAAAUUGUAAUUGUCUAAAUGAAAUCAUGUGCUCUGUAGACUACUACUUUGGGCAACACUGGAAUAUUUUCAUUAACAGAUGUCUUUCACUGAACUUUGUGCUGCACCUUAUUGCAAAUGUUUUUUCAUCCAAAGUUCCUAAUAAAAUAUUAAAAGAA